UUUUGACCCUCCGGAGCCGCCGUAGCAAUGGGAGACAACAUGUCAAAGCGUCUGAAGCUCAUCUCGGUAACAGAAGCUGAGAUGGAGGAGCGCUCUUUUCCAAACCCAUACGCUGACUGGGACCAAGGAGUCCUCUCGUCCAAUUCAGGAGCAGAAGCGGAUUACAACGAACCAUUCGACGGGGAAGGAAUGGUGAGCUCAUCCUUCCAAAGGAAAGUCCAGAGUAAGAUAAAAGAUCUGCUUCAGCAAAUGGAGGAGGGCCUAAAGACUGCCGACCCCCAUGACUUCUCUACUUAUACUGGCUGGACUGGCAUCGCUUUACUGUACGUACAGCUCUAUCGUGGAUCCAAUGAUGUCGCACACCUGCAAAGGGCCUUGGACUAUGUGAAGAGAUCAAUGAGGAUCCUAAAUGGCCGAAAAGUGACUUUCCUUUGUGGAGAUGCUGGACCGCUUGCAGUGGGUGCAGUGGUCCAUCACAAACUGGGUAACACCGCUGACAGCAGCGACUGUCUUUCUAGGCUCCUCCAGCUGCAGCGCUCGGUGCUCAGUCCAGAUUCGGAGAUGCCAGACGAGCUGCUGUAUGGACGCGCCGGUUAUCUGUAUGCUCUUUUGUAUGUGAACAAGGAAAUAGGUGGCGACACUGUGGAUGAAGCUACUGUUGCAAAAGUCGUGGGCGCCAUUAUUGAGUCUGGGAAGAAUUUCUCGGCGGAGCUUAAGAAGACAGAACGUUGCCCUCUUCUCUAUGAAUGGCACAAGAAGCAGUACGUUGGCGCUGCUCAUGGCCUGGCGGGAAUCUUUUACAUGCUCAUGCAGCCAGGGGCGAGGGUCCACCCGGACAUACUUUCCGAGCUGGUUCGGCCCAGUAUCGACUAUAUCCGUCACAAGAGAUUUCGUUCGGGCAACUUCCCUUCGUCGCUGAGCAAUGAGAGCGACCGAUUGGUUCACUGGUGCCACGGAGCGCCUGGCGUCAUCCACAUGCUCAUCAUGGCUUAUAAGGUUUUUAAAGAGGAGAAGUAUCUGAAGGACGCGGUAGAGUGCGGCGAGGUGAUCUGGCAGAGGGGGCUUCUCCGAAAAGGUUACGGCAUCUGCCACGGGACGGCCGGCAACGGCUACGCCUUCCUGUCUCUGUAUAAGCUCACCCAGGAGAAAAAGUAUCUCUACCGUGCCUGCAAGUUCGCCGAGUGGUGUUUGGGCUACGGGACUCACGGCUGCCGCAUCCCUGACAGACCUUACUCACUUUUUGAAGGUAUGGCGGGGACCAUCCACUACCUGUCCGAAAUGGCCGCACCUGAAGCUUCCUCUUUCCCCGCCUUUGAACAUUGAUCUGCUGGAGCGAAGAAGGGGUUGAAUUUUGAAGCAGAUGUCAUUUCUUUCGUGUCAUUUCACUCCGGCAAAGUAUUUGAGUUCAAACUACUUAUUAUAGAGGUCAACUUUUAAGGCCCGUGCCAUCAGCACUUGUAUGAGACAUUAAUUUGGACACCUAUGUGUGGUACAGUUUUUGUUUUCGGAUGCAUGCUCAAGUGUUUCUUCAUUUCCUGUCAGCAGGAUUUUUCUUUCUCCCAUCCCCAGUAUUGUUUUUGAUUAAUAAGCCAAACACAAUGCAUGUUUGAUGAUAAAACUAGAAAUGACAUCAAAUGGAUUAAAAAGAUUCUGUGUAUUUUUUGUUAUAUUAAGCACUGAUGCAAAGCGUCAAGUCAUUUGAAAUUGUCACACCUCAGUACAUACUGCAGCUAACAAUAGUUAUUAAGGCCGACAGCAUAUGAAUGCCUAAUUGUCUUCAUGGGCUAAGUCUCAUCUGCAAUGUUAUUAUGUCCUGUUUGAUCAGCCAAUGUGUGUAAUCGUCCGAUAUUGUAUCAACCGUCUGUGUCAAAAAUGUGUACCACUUGUUUUGCAGUAUAUUUUGGAAAAGAACCCAACAGUU